AUGGCGCUGCUCUGGGCCCUCUACUUCUUCGCCACCCAUCGCACCCUUGUUGGGAGCGCCUUGCCCCUGCCGCUGGCGAGGUUUGAUGGGUUCGUGUAUGCGGAGCACCGGGUCGGUGCCUACACCGUCGUGAUCGAGGCCUUCGUAGACCCACUUUGCCCAUACAGCCGGGACUCGUGGCCGCCAGUGAAGCAGGCUAUCGAUUACUACGGGCCUCACGUUUGGCUUGUCGUCCACCUCCUCCCUCUGCCUUAUCAUGAUAAUGCUUAUGUUGCAUCUCGUGCGCUGAACAUUGUGAAUUUUCUAAAUACAUCAGCAACGUUCCCGCUGCUGGAAUUGUUCUUCAAAGAGCAAGUCGGUACCUCCUGUUCUUGUGUCAUUGGCGUUUCUUCUAACGAUGAAGAAAAGCUUGAUGGAUAA